UCUUCCUCAAAACACCUAUAUAUACCCAUUCGAAUCAAAGACCAUAAUCAUCUCAUCACAAACACAAACCAACAACAAACACUAGAAAGCAAAACAAGCAAUAAAAGAAGAAAAAGCUUAGAGUUCUCAAGGAAGCGCAUACAUGGCACCGAUGAAGCAGAGUCUCUCCGCUGCUCUUUUCUCGUCACCACUUCUGAUCAUAUGUCUUAUCGCAUUGCUCGCUGAUCCGGUUUCAGUUGGUGCUCGCCGGUUACUGGAGGAUCCUAAACUGGAGAUACCAAAGUUGCCUGAGCUACCCAAAUUUGAAGUUCCCAAGUUUCCAGAGCUCCCUAAACCAGAGAUGCCCAAGUUACCUGAAUUUCCAAAGCCUGAGCUUCCAAAGAUGCCAGAGAUUUCAAAGCCUGAACUGCCCAAGUUUCCAGAAAUUCCGAAACCUGAACUCCCAAAGGUACCGGAGAUUCAGAAGCCUGAGCUGCCCAAGUUUCCAGAGAUCCCAAAGCCUGAAGUGCCCAAGCUUCCAGAGAGUUCAAAGCCUGAGGUGCCUAAGUUGAUGGAGACUGAAAAGCCUGAAAGUCCUAAGGUGCCGGAGCUACCUAAGGUGCCGGAAGUUCCAAAGCCUGAGCUACCUAAAAUGCCGGAAGUUCCAAAGCCUGAGCUACCUAAAAUACCGGAGAUUCAGAAGCCAGAGUUGCCUAAGGUGCCAGAGAUUCCAAAGCCUGAGCUACCAAAGAUGCCAGAAAUUCAAAAACCGGAGUUACCUAAGAUGCCGGAGCUUCAGAAGCCGGAGUUACCUAAGGUGCCAGAAGUUGCGAAGCCUGAGUUACCUAAGAUGCCGGAGAUUCAAAAGCCGGAGCUACCAAAGAUGCCGGAGAUUCAGAAACCGGAGUUGCCGAAGGUGCCAGAGGUUCCAAAGCCUGAGUUACCCAAGAUGCCAGAGAUUCAGAAGCCUGAGGCUCCUAAGGUGCCAGAGAUCCCGAAGCCGGAGUUACCAAAGGUACCGGAGAUUCAGAAGCCUGAGUUGCCAAAGUUCCCAGAGAUUCCAAAGCCUGAACUACCAAAGGUUCCAGAGAUUGCGAAACCAGAGCUACCCAAGUUGCCGGAAUACCCAAAAGUUCCCGGUACUGCUUAAGCGUUAUUGAACCCGAAGAAGGCCCAACUACUAUCAAGCCCAUCCCACGAUCUUAAAUUACCGUAUUACCCUUCUAUUGUUUGUCAUUUUGCAGAGAUGUCUCUCCCAACUGUGUCUGUCCGCAUCGUUUCCCUUUAGUGAACCAAAUUUUUAUGAUUUGGUCUCAUAGUCAUAGUUCUCUGCCUGUUUUGGAUAAAGUUUAUACUCUUAUACUUGUAUUCUGUUUGUAUUUGUAUGUAUCAUACAAAUUUCGCUGUAUUUGAUUUGAUAUACUUUUUAAAUGGAUUAUUCUGUUAUUUAUUUUA